CGUACUGUUAAAUAUCGAGCACUACAUUUCAAUCUGUUUCUAAUACAUUUCUGUAUGUAUUUCUUAAAAGUUAAGAUGCAGUACACUUUAAAAAUGACAAAGUGCUCUAAGUUUUUAAAUAAGUAUAAUAUUGUGACUCAACAUAAACGUAGUUUGCAACUAAGUAGUUCGCAAAGACAGAAUAUGAGUAAAUUGCUUCCACAAAAGGAAGAAUUUCAAGCGAGACACAUUGGACCCAGAGAACACGAACAAAUAGAGAUGUUAAGACUAAUUGGAUUUAAGAGUCUUGAUGAAUUAACGGAAACCGCAGUACCAGCUAAAAUUCUUCACAAGGGAAAUUUAAAUCUCGAUGAGCCAGUUACUGAGUACGAUUUGAUAAAGAGGAUCACAAAACUUUCGGAAAUGAAUGACGUAUGGCGUUCUUACAUAGGCAUGGGGUACCAUAAUUGUUGCGUACCACAUACGAUUAUGCGUAACAUUUUUGAAAAUCCUGGAUGGACAACGCAAUAUACUCCUUAUCAACCAGAGAUUUCACAAGGACGGCUCGAAGGUUUACUGAAUUAUCAAACCAUGAUAUGUGAUUUUACGGGGAUGGAUGUGGCGAAUGCUUCCCUCUUGGAUGAAGGGACAGCGGCAGCGGAGGCUUUGGCACUUGCGCAUAGAUAUAAUAAGAGAAAAAAGUUGUUUGUCUCCGACCAAGUACAUCCUCAGACAAUUAGUGUUAUCGCAACACGCGCCGCUUCCUUAAGUUUGCCCUUAGUAAUUGGUGAUGUAUUUAAAGUAGACACUAGCGGAAAAGAUAUUGCCAGUAUUCUUGUACAGUAUCCCGAUACAAAUGGCUGCAUCCACGAUUUUGAAGAUGUUGUUAAAAGGGCGCACAUUAAUGGGACACUCGUCUGCGCUGCUACCGACUUACUAGCGUUAGCUCUGCUUCAACCACCGAGUGAUUUCGAUGUCGACAUAUGCGUGGGUACGAGCCAGCGUUUUGGAAUUCCUCUUGGAUAUGGUGGACCUCACGCUGGAUUCUUUGCGUGCCGACAGCAAUUAGUGCGCUUAAUGCCUGGCAGAAUGAUAGGUGUUACGAGAGAUUCUAAUGGAGAGGACGCUUAUCGUUUAGCCCUUCAAACACGCGAGCAACACAUCAGAAGAGAUAAAGCCACCAGCAAUAUUUGUACCGCACAAGCGUUACUCGCUAAUAUGUCCGCAAUGUAUGCGGUAUAUCAUGGACCUCAGGGAAUACGAGACAUUGCGAGUAGAGUGCACAAUUUGACGCUAGCUUUGGCGAAGGGUUUGGAGGUUGUUGGAAACGCAAUAAAUAAUAUAUAUUUCUUCGAUACUAUUACAGUGUCGCCAAAGAUUUCUGUACAAGUGAUAAAGGAAAAUGCGAAUAAGGCUAAAAUAAACUUAAGAUAUUUUAACAACGGUACGAUUGGAAUAGCUCUUGAUGAGACGACGACAGCAGAGGACGUGAAUGAUCUUUUUAAGAUAUUUGCAGCGAAUAUUACAGUUGAAGAAGUGGUCAAAGAUGAAAGCUUCCUCGCGAGAAGUUUGGACAAGUCAGAUUUCCAUCGUACUAUUUCGUACUUACAGCACCCUGUCUUCAAUAGCUAUCAUUCGGAGACAAGAAUAGUUAGAUACAUGAAGUCUUUGGAAAACAAGGAUGUAUCCCUCGUACAUAGUAUGAUUCCACUGGGUUCUUGCACAAUGAAGUUGAAUUCAACAACAGAGAUGAUGCCUUGCAGUUUGAAAGGUUUCACAGACAUACAUCCUUUCGCUCCGCUCGAGCAGACUGAGGGAUACCAACAAUUAUUUGCCGAGCUGGAACGAGAUCUGUGCGCAAUCACCGGCUACGAUGGUAUUAGUUUCCAACCAAAUAGUGGAGCACAAGGUGAAUACGCGGGUUUGAGAGCUAUACAAUGUUAUCAUGAGUCAAGGGGAGACAAACAUCGACAAGUCUGUUUGAUUCCGAUAUCCGCGCAUGGCACAAAUCCCGCAUCCGCUCAAAUGGCAGGUAUGCAGGUGGAACCUAUCCUCAUACGAAAGGAUGGUUCUGUUGAUAUGAUGCACUUAAAAAAAAAGAUCAACAAAUACCAAAAAGCAUUAUCAUGUUUGAUGAUCACGUAUCCAUCGACAAAUGGAGUAUUUGAAGAGACGAUUAGUGAUAUAUGCAACAUGGUACACAACGCCGGUGGUCAAGUAUAUUUGGAUGGCGCCAAUAUGAAUGCUCAAGUUGGCUUGUGUCGACCUGGUGAUUAUGGCAGUGACGUGUCACAUCUCAAUCUACAUAAAACGUUCUGCAUUCCUCACGGGGGUGGCGGACCUGGUAUGGGUCCUAUUGGAGUGAAGCGACAUCUUAUACCUUUUCUGCCGAAUCACCCAGUAAUAAAUUGUUCGGGUAACGACCAUAGUGAUUUAAAGAAUCUCGGUUCUGUAUCCGCCGCGCCUUUCGGAUCAUCCGCCAUUCUACCGAUUUCGUGGGCUUAUAUCAAGAUGAUGGGUCCGAGAGGCUUAUGCAAGGCUACGCAAGUGGCAAUUCUUAAUGCCAAUUACAUGAGCAAGAGAUUGGAGAAGUAUUAUAAAACGUUGUACAAGGGUGAGACUGGCCUGAUUGCGCACGAGUUCAUCCUAGAUGUAAGAGACUUCAAGAAAACUGCCAACGUUGAGGCCGUUGAUAUUGCGAAGAGAUUGAUGGAUUAUGGUUUCCACGCACCGACCAUGAGUUGGCCGGUAGCUGGUACUUUAAUGAUCGAACCGACCGAAUCCGAGGACAAGACUGAGUUGGACAGAUUUUGUGAUUCUUUAAUCUCUAUAAGAAAAGAGAUUGCGGACAUUGAAGAAGGAAAAUUAGAUAUUGUACAGAAUCCUUUAAAAAUGGCACCUCACACUCAGAAGCAAGUUAUAACAACCGAAUGGAAUCGACCAUAUUCGCGAGAGUUGGCAGUUUUUCCUGCUACAUUUGUGAAAGGAAGCAACAAGAUUUGGCCAAGCGUUGGAAGGAUAGACGACAUAUAUGGCGAUAAGAAUCUAUUUUGUACGUGCCCACCUAUUUUGCCUACAGAUAAUUAACAUCACAAUUGUGAUGUUAUAUUUAUAUACCCUAUUGUACAGUUACUUAGUUAUGUAAUGCAGGACUAUUUAAAUAUUUAUUGUAACUUUUAUACAAAUAUAUUAUUUAUAUAAAACAUAAUGUUUUUUUAUCUAUAUGACAGUAGACGAAAUAUAACGAGAAUCUGUCUUUAAGAUUAAAUUUUUAAAUGAACAUUAUCUUUCUUUUCACGCUCGCAGAUAUAUUUUUUUUAAA